GACUAAGCAAAAAAAAAAAAAAAAAAAAACAAGCUGGAGCGUCAAAACAUAAACAGAGCAGAAGACAUCCUUGUGUGAACGCAGCUAGCUCGUAUUGUUGUCUUACUUUUUUUAAAGCAAGAACCAUAGCUUAAUGCAGUCACUCCUAAUGUCGUGUAUUUCCUGUCACAGAACUCCCAGUCGAGGCACUUAGCUCGUUUGCCAAGUAGCGAGGGAGAGAAAAGAAAUCUGCAAUAAAGAUUAGGACUAAACUAAGAAGUGCGCCUCGUCGGGCCUUCGAAUAGAGUUUCUACCUCAGGACGACGAAGGACAUAAAGGAGACAGAAUGGCUGAAACUGACGGAAACUCCCCCGUGCUUAAUGGUGGUUCAGAUAAAAAGCAGCCCGGAGAAGAUCAACACAAAGAGGGGGACGCCUCUGGGAGUAAAGACGGUCAGACACAGUCUUCCACUGAAGAUGCUCCCAAAGAAACAGCAGAGGCAUCUGGAGACAAAUCCAUGCCAAAGGCAGAAGGAGAGAUAGGUGCAAACAGAGAAGGAGAGGAUCAAGAAGAUACAGACAGCAUGGACGGCAGCGGACUGUUUUCUUUAACUGAGGAUGCAGAGAGGGAGAGUGAGGGUGGGAGACGAGAGAGGGCCACAGAGAAGGAUCGAAGCAAAAGGGCAGCCAGAAAGAGAAUCAGACCUGGAGGUGGCACCAAUCACUCCUCAAGCUCAGAUGAUGACGACGAUGAUGAUGAUGAGCAAAAGGAGGAGGAUGAUGACGACGACGAUGAUGAUGACGACGAUGACGAGGCUAUGGAAUCCUGGCUGGGAGCAGAGCUCCAUGACCUCCCCGGCCCUACAUGGCAGGCCGUGCCCUCUCUUCGCUCUAGAGAGAUCGGCAAGGACACGCACCAGUUUGUCCGGCACGUGUGUGGAGCCCGCGGGCUCGUGCAGAGGUUGGAGCUACAGGGACGCUUGGAGAGGCACACUGGCUGCGUCAACACGUUGCACUUCAAUCCCUCUGGUACGCGUCUGGCAUCAGGCAGUGAUGACCUGCGAGUGGUGAUCUGGGACUGGACCAUUCGCCGAGCAGAGUUGGAAUUUGACAGCGGACAUAAGAGUAACGUCUUUCAGGCAAAGUUCCUGCCUCACAGCGGAGACUCCACCUUGGCCAUGUGCGCUCGUGACGGUCAGAUCAGAGUCGCCGAGCUCUCCGCCACGCAGCGUUGCAAGAACACAAAGCGGGUAGCACAGCAUAAAGGAGCCGCACACAAGCUGGCACUAGAGCCAGACUCGCCUUGUUCAUUUCUGUCAGCUGGAGAGGACGCUGUGGUGUUUGGUAUUGACCUGCGUCUAGAUCGUCCUGCCAAUAAGCUGGUGGUUGUAAAGGAGGGCGAUAAAAAAGUGGGACUGUAUACCAUCUUUGUCAACCCAGCAAAGACACACCAGUUCGCAGUUGGUGGGAGAGAUCAAUAUGUAAGAAUCUAUGACCAGAGGAAGAUUAAUGAAAAUGAAAACAAUGGCGUACUGAAGAAGUUUUGUCCUUCACACCUGGUAUCCAGCGAGUCUAAAACCAACAUAACCUGUCUAGUGUACAGCCACGAUGGCACAGAACUCCUGGCAAGUUACAAUGAUGAAGACAUCUACCUGUUUGACUCAAACCACAGUGACGGGGCAGACUAUCGCAGGAGGUAUAAGGGACAUCGCAAUAAUGCCACAGUGAAGGGCGUGAACUUCUACGGGCCCUGCAGCGAGUUUGUGGUCAGCGGCAGCGACUGUGGUCAUAUUUACCUGUGGGACAAAGAUUCUGCCCGUAUCGUCCAGUUUAUGGAGGGAGACAGAGGAGGAGUGGUGAAUUGUCUGGAGCCGCAUCCCCACCUGCCAGGAAUGGCCACCAGUGGGUUGGACCAUGAUAUCAAACUGUGGGCGCCCACAGCUGAAAACCCCACCGGACUCAAGGGCCUGAAAGAGGUGAUGAAGAAAAACAAGCGGGAGCGUGAUGAAGACAGUGUGCGUCAUGGCGACCAGUACGACACUCAGCUGCUGUGGUUCCUGAUGAGACACAUGAGAAACAGACGACCUCCAAGGGCUCGCCGUGAGGGAGCAGACGCCGACACCGACGAGUCCUGGAGCUCUCCGGAUUCCUCAGAUGAAGAAGACGGACCCGACCACGCCCAGUGCAUGUCGUCUUGAGUCACAUACGAACAGACAUACACGCACAUACACAUACAGAUAUUUACGCAAUUUAUUGCCCUUGAAUUAAUGCACAGAAGCAAGCACUAUUGAUACACUGGCACCACCCACAGAUGCAUACAAACACAAGCGAGCAGAAACAUUUACAUUUACGCCUGGUUUUCCCGGCAGUGACAAAAGUGUGCAAACGCUGACAGUAGACUGCAACACUUCCAGAAUCCCGUUUUUAAAACAAUUUCUUUUUUGGGUGAGAAUUUUGUGCAGUUUUGGUGAGCUCUUUCAGCCAUACGAACCACUCUUGAGGACCCCUGUUUGUUUGAGUUUUCUUGACUCAGAAAGACAUGUGGCAAGAAGUACAGCAUACCUUUGGCAGGCGAUCUGCAGUGAGCUUUACAUCACCAGCAGACCCAUUCCCUCAAUCUGGGUUCCACAACUCCUGCUCUCGAAGAAGAGUUGAGCAGAAAGGAAGUGUGUGGGAAUAUAUCCUGAAACCAUCCCCUAAAUCUGACUUGCUUUAAGAUUUAAACUGUAUAGGGGUAAGCUGUGUUUUACCUCAGUCUUAUAACUGCUUUUUCUUGUUAUUAUGAAGCAGCUCCAGAUGGGAGUUUUCAUUUUUCACGUAUUAAUCUUCAUGCUCUCCUUUUCUUCUCGUCACCACUGGUUGCACUUUGAAUCAGGGAUGAUUUAGUGUGAGACACAAGACGAAAUGUGUAGUGUGUGUGUGUGUGUGUGUGUGUGUGAUCGUAGGGGGAGGAGCUACCGUCUGUACUUGUCGUAGGAAACGCAGCAGCGGGGUCUAGUUAAUAAUUUUUUUUUUUGUCCCUUUCAA